AUGCCUAUCGACGAUGAUUUAUACCAACCGCCUUAUUCUCCGGCGCCUACAUCAGUACCUCCAGCUCCAACCCGAACUCCUCCACCACAAGAGGGCGCUCCACCAAAUCCUGUAACAUCUAUGUUUAAUGCCAUAACACAAAAUAAUGUAGGCCUGGUCAGAGCUACGCUGAGUAAAACCAAUUAUGACAUCAACAAUUUGAGGAACAGGGAUGGAAAGACUCCUCUGAUGGUGGCAUCGAGUGAGAAUUGCCCUGAUGUUGUGAAAUAUCUGUGUAACAUUAGCACAGUGGUUGUCGAUCUACAAGACAAUGAAGGAGAAACGGCACUUUACCAAGCUGCAGAAGCAGGAAAUGCCGAAGUCGUUGAAAUACUGAUUCGAUCAAACGCAUAUGUUGAGAUCGGGAACAAGAAAAAUAUUACUCCGCUUAUGAUUGCCGCGUAUAACGGUCACGCUGACGUUUGUCGCAUACUUAUCGAUAUAGGCUAUGCCAAUGUGGAUCCUCAAGAUGAUUCGGGUAAAACUUCCUUGACUUUGGCGUCUUACGAAGGACAUGCGCAAACAGUGGAAGUCUUGUUGGCUCGAGGUGCAAAUGUAAACAUCAAGGAUCAGUAUGGCUGGACGGCUUUGAUGCUUGCAGCGUUCUCUGGUCGUUUAGAUGUCUGUCAACUAUUGUUGAUACAUAAUGCUGAUACAAAUGUUACAACGGAUAAUGGAAAAACGGCUGUUGUUCUUGCAAGAGACGCUGGACACUAUGACGUUGCAAAUCUAAUAGAAAACUUUGUUCCGGAUUUCCCUCAGCAGACACCUAAAGUGCGUAGAACACAAAUUCCUGAUAUUCCCCCACGGACAAAUUCCAUUAAUUAUCUGGUCAAUAAUCGUGAUUUUGAUGUUCCUUAUGCCGCGCCAAGAGGAAUCGUAAUGACUGAUAAUUCGGAGUUUAAGAAAAAAACGAUUCAACCGAGAACCUCUCUACGUCGUAAAACUCAAUACUUGAGCCUUGGUGGAACAGCGUUGAGUAAUCCGCCGGAUCGUCGAGCCACCGGACCUCAUGUUAAAGAUAUGGCACCAAGAGAUAAAAGAACUCCAUGGGUGAUAUUCUCCCAGAUAGUCACAGCUUGCUUUUUGGAUCCUUGUUUGUCUGUGGUUGGAAAAAUGAAGGAUCCUAGUGUUCAACAAGCAUGGCGUGAGAAAGUGGCACUAUGUUUUAUUAUCCUGUGUAUUUCUUGCUUCAUGGGAUUUUUGACCUUUGGGUUUUCUUCUCUUGGGUGCACGAAAAAGGUUCCUCUUUAUCCACAAGACAUCCUUCGACUGUAUGGUCCCAAUGUCACUGGAAUGAAAGUACACAUUGUUCGUGGGAAACUUUACAACACCGGAGUUUACUUUUCCAGUGGUAGUCAUCGACCUAUUCUUCCUUUUAAUGACGAAGAACUAGCUCCCAUCAUCAUUCCAAAAUUUGGCCAGGAUAUUUCCGAUUUCUUUCCACCUGUAAAUUCCGGAUGUACAAUACUUCCAAAUAAUGGAACGGGCUGCACUUUAGCGAACGCGAAUGAUAAAAGAUAUCAUUGUCAUACUUCGGCUGUCUCUAUCGAAACUUUACAUUCACUUGCGUUGGAUGCGUCUGUAGGAUACACUUGGGACAAUAUUACCAGUGUUUCUAGUAAGAUGUUUGUGUAUAACGAUCAUGUAUACGACAUCACCAAUUAUCUCAAGUUAUCUGCCGCCGAACAAUGGCUUGGGAACGCUAAUAUUACUAAUUGGCUCAACGGUCUUGUCGGCAAAGACGCGACAAGAGAUAUCGUUCGUACUCAAGAAACAAAAAAUUUGGCCAAAUGUUUAGAUUAUUUCUUAGUUGGCCAAAUAGAAGGUACCACCAUCGGAUGCUUCGCCACAAAUUCGGUUCUUAUUUUGAUGAUUGUUGUUUUUAGCGGAAUUACACUCAUCAAAUUCAUAUCAGCCGUAACUUUCGAUUGGUUUUUGUCGUGGAAGCUUGGUAAGAUUCCAAAGACGCCGAAGACGGAUGAUUCUAUCUCUCGCAUAUUAUUGUUGGUCACAUGUUACUCUGAGGGUGAAAAAUCCAUGCGCACCACACUGGAUUCAUUAGCUAGUACAGGAGAUUAUUCGGACAAGCAUAAGCUUUUAUUCGUAAUCGCAGAUGGUGAUGUCACUGGCUCAGAAAACGACAAAUCGACACCACAAAUUUGUAAAGAUUUAUUAGAACCGUUUGAUCAACGCGCACUUCCACCGGAAGCCAAAUCAUAUUUUGCUAUAGGCGAUGGCAUUAAACAACAUAACAUGGCAGAAGUUUUUAUAGGUUACUAUAAUGUCGAUUUUCAUCGAGUUCCAAUGAUCAUCGUUAAUAAAGUUGGUACACCACAAGAGAGAAAAGGAGCUAAAGCCGGAAACCGUGGGAAGCGUGAUUCUCAGCUUAUUCUAAUGAAAUGGCUUAGUCACAUUUUCUUUAACGAACGAAUGAGUCCUUUAGAAUUCGAACUAUUCGAAAAGGUUCGUAUUUUGACUGGUGCCACACCUGAUAAGUAUGAAAUGGUUCUUAUGGUAGACGCCGAUACGGAGGUUAAACCUGAUAGCGUUGGGCAUAUGGUUGCUGCCAUGGAACGCGAUCCAAAAGUCAUGGGGCUCUGUGGUGAAACAAAAAUUGCAAACAAAUCUUCGAGUUGGGUCACUAUGAUUCAAGUAUUCGAAUAUUAUAUCUCGCAUCAUCUUGGAAAGUCGUUUGAAUCGAUCUUUGGUGGUGUGACAUGUUUGCCCGGUUGCUUCUGUAUGUACCGUAUCAAGGUGCCCAAGUAUAAUGGAUACUCCGUACCUAUCCUUGCUAAUCCGGACAUCGUUGAAGUGUAUUCUUCUAACACCGUUGAAACUUUGCAUCAAAAAAAUCUCUUGCUUCUCGGGGAAGAUCGUUACCUAACCACAUUAAUGUUACGCACAUUUCCGAAACGUAAAAUGAUUUAUGUACCCAAAGCGAUAUGUAAGACCGUGGUACCCGAAGAUUUUAAAGUUUUGUUGUCUCAACGUCGCCGAUGGAUUAAUUCAACCAUACAUAAUUUAAUGGAACUCAUCUUGGUGCCACAACUCUGUGGCAUCUUUUGCUGUUCGAUGCAGUUUGUAAUUUUCCUCGAACUGAUUGGAACAGUAAUUCUGCCCUCUUCACUUUUGUUCAUUCUACUCUUGAUUAUUUAUGCCGCGCAAGGUGAUUCUGUUGUCCUACCCUUCCUAUUUAUUAUCGCACAAUAUUUCCUCCAAGCAUUCUUGGUUAUCUUAACUUCACAUAAAAUCAACUACGUGCUUUGGAUGCUCGUUUUCAUACUUGCUAUGCCGGUGUGGAAUUUUGCCUUACCUUUAUACGCGUUUUGGCAUUUCGAUGAUUUCUCAUGGGGCGCCACGCGCAAAAUUGCCGGAGAAGAUAACGGUCAUGGAGGUAGCGGCGAAGAGGAAUUCGAUUCCAGCGUAAUAGAAACGAAGAGAUGGCGCGAAUGGAAAAUGGAAGAAACCGAGAAAUUUAACGCGUCGUUAAACAUGAAUGGAAACUAUCCGCAAAUGAGGGUGCUUCCGGGGGCGGUUCUACCGACAAUUCCAGCGGGACCUUAUUCCCAAAAUAACUGGUAUUAA